AUGGAUUCGACAAGUAAACCGUUUAAUAAGAAAAGAAAACUAGAUAGAAUACAUUCGAAAAAUGGUAAAGUUAAGAAAUUUAAAUUAGAAUUGGAGACUAAAAAUACUGAUGCUAAUAAUGACUGUAAUCUGCCUAAAGAUAUUGAAAAAAAUAAAGUCAUGGUAAGAGUGACCUUAUCCCCUGAAGAAAUUAACAAACAAUAUCCAAUAUUAAAUAACAGUGAACUCGUGAAGAAAUUCCUUGGUGUGCCAAUGACUAACAAUCAAAAGGGUAGGAUUCGACAAAUGAUUCGAGACAGCUUAAAAGGUACAACAGAGAAUCCACUCCCAGAUGUUAUUCACGGAAAAAUGCAGUCUUUAAUAAAGUCUUCCAAAGAGUUAACCGAACCAGAGUUACGAAAAAUUCGCAUUUUAUUUAAUAUGCUUAAAACUUCUCUUCAACAUGGUAUUGAAGAAAAAAAAGUGAAAAAGCAAAAACCAAAGGAUAAGACAGUACAACUGUCCAAAGAAAGGAUACAAAACACAACCAGUGAAAAGGAACAAUUAAAUGAAAAUGAAGAUAAAAGCAUGACAGCUAAAAAAGAACAAAAAGUUAAGGGGCCCAAGCGAUAUGUGGUUUUUGUGGGUAAUUUACCUGUUGAUAUUGAAAAAGAAACUGUCCUACAGCAUUUUGCAGACUUGGCGGAUAAAAUAGUAGAUGUAAGGUUGCCUAAACAAGAGGAGGGUAAAAAGAGUUCCAUAGCAUAUGUCGAACUUAAAGAUGACCAUAGUUAUGAGUUAGCACUAUCAAAGCAUCACUCAAUGUUGGAUAACAAGAGAAUCAAUGUACUAUAUACUACUCAGAAGAAUAGCAAAAUAAGUAAAAGUGAGGCUAAGAGUACAUCGGCGAAAUUAGUAGCCUUACAAAAGUCUGGUAAACUGAUUGGCAGUGUCCCUCUCAAUAAAAAAAGAAGUCAUAGAAGAAAUAAGGCUAAACGUGCACGUGCUAAAGAAGAAGCAGCAACAAUCAUAAAAACCUGA